GGGCUGGGUUCCUCCGUGAGAGUGGCAGCUGGGCUUGCCCGCCGCGAGGAGCACGGCGCCGCAGUGCUGUAGGAGCGGGCGGCCGAGACGCACUGCUUGGGAGCCCGCGGGUAUCCGAGCAGGCAGAGACCCCGGGGCUGCCUAAUCCCAACCCGGCCGACCGAGCUCUGCGGCGCCCAGCCGAGCUCCAUCCCUCCACAGGAGGGCUGCGCGGGCGGGAAGACGCCCAGACGCCAGCUUCGGUCCUCUUUCAGUCUCUCGGUUCCUCUUUCCUCCCAAGUAAGGGAAUAAGCCCCAAGGAAGGAGCGCUCCGGAGAACCGCGCAACCAAGUGUUGCACGCUGAGGAAGAGCAAGGAUUUCUGAAUUUACCUUGACUACAGAAGGAUGUUGCCUGAAGAAUAGCAGAGGUUUCUCUCCUCCGCUGAAAGGUGCCCACUGCAGCCACGACACUUGGGUCCUCAAGAAAUCUCCUGAAGGGCUUUUCCAUCGCCUACCUGCCUGCAAUGAGCCAGGCCUUCAGCUGGGCCUUGGUUUCAGCCUGCUGAACAAAACUCUGUCCCUAGCCUCAAGCGCUCACACCCAGGAAAGAUGAGUGAGGAACGGUGGGUCUCCCUCACUCCAGAAGAAUUCGGCCAACUCCAGAAAUAUGCAGAAUAUUCUUCCAAGAAGAUAAAGGAUGUCUUGGCUGAGUUGAAUGAAGGUGGGAGCCUCAAACAGUAUGACCCACAUGAGCCAAUCAGCUAUGACGUCUUCAAGCUAUUCAUGAGGGAGUACCUGGAGGUGGAUCUUCCUCAGCCACUGAGCACGCACCUCUUCCUGGCCUUCAGCCAGAAGCCCAGGCAGGAAACUCCUGACCACCCAAAGGAGGGGGCCAGCAACAGCGAGGCCAGUGGCCCAGAUUCCAACAUACAGAAUGCAGAUAAUGCUGCCAAAGCAGAUGAGGCCUGUGCCCCUGAUACAGAAUCAAAGAUCACCGAGAAGCAAGUGCCAGCUAUAGACCAAGUGGCUGCGACUCCCUUAGGAAGUCCUGUGGCUCAAUCACCAGGCUCAGAAUCCCCCACAGUGUACCUGAAGGAUGUGGUGUGUUACCUGUCCCUGCUCGAGACAGGGAGGCCUCAGGAUAAGUUAGAGUUCAUGUUUCGUCUCUAUGAUUCAGAUGAGAACGGGCUUCUGGACCAAGAGGAGAUGGAUCGAAUUGUCAACCAAAUGCUGCACAUUGCCCAGUACCUCCAGUGGGAUCCCACGGAGCUAAGGCCUAUAUUGAAGGAGAUGUUACAAGGGAUGGACUACGACCGGGAUGGCUUUGUGUCUCUCCAGGAGUGGGUCCACGGAGGGAUGACCACCAUCCCAUUGCUGGUCCUCUUGGGCAUGGACGACUCUGGUUCCAAGGGGGAUGGGAGGCAUGCCUGGACCCUGAAGCAUUUCAAGAAACCAACCUAUUGCAACUUCUGCCACAUUAUGCUGGUAGGCGUUCGGAAGCAAGGCCUGUGCUGCAUUUACUGUAAAUACACUGUCCAUGAACGCUGUGUAUCCAAAAACAUCCCUGGGUGUGUCAAAACGUACUCAAAAACCAAAAGGGGCGGCGAGGUGAUGCAGCACGCGUGGGUGGAAGGGAACUCCUCCGUCAAGUGUGACCGGUGCCACAAAAGUAUCAAGUGCUACCAGAGUGUCAAUGCGCGGCACUGCGUGUGGUGUCGGAUGACGUUCCAUCGCAAAUGCGAAUUGUCGACACUGUGUGAUGGCGGGGAACUCAGAGACCAUAUUUUGCUUCCCACAUCAAUAUGCCCCAUCACCCGGGACAGGCAAGAUGGAAAGCCUGAUGGUAGUGUGUCCACCAAGGGUGAACUCGUCAUGCAGUAUAAGAUCAUCCCCACCCCGGGUACCCACCCCCUGCUGGUCUUGGUGAACCCCAAGAGUGGAGGGAGACAAGGAGAAAGACUUAACUUCUUCCGUGAUACUCCAGACUUCCGUGUUUUGGCCUGCGGAGGGGAUGGGACAGUUGGCUGGAUUCUGGAUUGCAUUGAUAAGGCCAACUUUGCAAAGCAUCCACCCGUGGCUGUCCUGCCUCUUGGAACCGGCAAUGACCUGGCCCGCUGUCUCCGCUGGGGAGGAGGUUACGAAGGGGGCAGCCUGACAAAAAUCCUGAAGGACAUCGAGCAGAGUCCCUUGGUGAUGCUGGAUCGCUGGCACAUGGAAGUCAUCCCCAGGGAGGAGGUGGAGAAUGGGGACCAGGUCCCAUACAACAUCAUGAACAACUAUUUCUCCAUCGGCGUGGACGCUUCCAUUGCACACAGGUUCCAUGUGAUGAGAGAGAAACACCCUGAAAAAUUCAACAGCAGGAUGAAGAACAAGCUGUGGUACUUUGAAUUUGGCACCUCGGAGACCUUUGCAGCCACCUGCAAGAAACUCCAUGACCACAUAGAGUUGGAGUGUGACGGGGUUGGGGUGGACCUGAGCAGCAUCUUCCUUGAAGGCAUUGCUAUUCUCAACAUUCCCAGCAUGUAUGGUGGCACCAAUCUCUGGGGAGAAACCAAGAAGAACCGAGCUGUGAUCCGGGAAAGCAAGAAGGUUGUCACUGACCCCAAGGAACUGAAAUUCUGCAUCCAAGAUCUCAGUGACCAGCUUCUUGAAGUGGUGGGGCUGGAGGGAGCCAUGGAGAUGGGGCAGAUCUACACUGGCCUGAAGAGUGCAGGCAGGAGGCUGGCCCAGUGCUCCUCAGUCUCCAUCAGGACAAAUAAGCUGCUGCCCAUGCAGGUGGACGGAGAGCCCUGGAUGCAGCCACCUUGCACGAUUAAAAUUACUCACAAGAACCAAGCGCCUAUGAUGAUGGGGCCUCCCCAGAAAAGCAGCUUCUUUUCGCUGAGGAGAAAGAGCCGUUCCAAAGACUAGACAGUGUGCUCAAUGUCAGCUCAAGCACAAGAGAAAACAAGAAACUGAAACACACACACACCACCACACACACACACACACACACACACACACACACACACACACACACACACUGUCUCUCUCUUCUCCAAUCAGUGGAAGCAAAGCCACCUUUCAGGAAGAAAGCUUCACCCUGACAUAUAUUCUGUUUUAACAAUGAACACACCCCAACAGAGCCAGUGCCAGCAGGACAUUUUGAAUGGACUUAGGGCUCAUGCAGCAACCACCACAUUCCCAGAAGGCCUUGAGCGGGACUUUCUCAGGCUGAAGAAAAAACCACCCCCUUUCCUUCCACCAGCCCUGCAAGUCUCACAGAUGCUCACAAGAAGCAGGCUGCAGGUUUCCUGCCUAUGGCGAGAUCGGAUGUGGCCAAGGAAAGAGCUGGCAUUCCAGAGAACCUGCACAAAGGUCCCUCUGUACAGAGACCAAAGGGCCUCGGACUCAGAGAGCACAGCCCUGGGCAGGGCUCAGCACGCGCACGCUGGUUUCUGGGCUGUCCUUCGAGUGACAGCUUCUCCCCGAACUUGCUGAGGAGGCAGAAAGGCUGUGGAAAGCUGUGUUUCCCUUCUUGGUUCUGCGCGCUGUCAGUGGGCACCAGUCAUUUUCCCAAGGCUUCUGGUGGCUGGGUGUUUGUUUAGAGCCAGCUCCAAGAGCCCCCCAGGCUGCCUGCAUAGCACACCUUAGAUGUGGUAUUUAUUUUCUUAGUUCUGUGAACACCUGGGAGGGAAAGCAGAGAAACUGGGAUUUAUUUUUCAAAUUGGUGUCAUAAUAUUGUGUAAAAAGGGAAGAAAAAAAAAAAAAAACCACCCCCAGCUUCUUUCUUUUUCAAGCCAAAGCGUGUUUCCUGUUUGAGUUCCAAGCCCUGGUGGCAGACUAUUCCUGAAGGCAAAGAAGAUGGGAGGGAACGGCCUUUUGCUGAGGAAACCAGGAGACAAACCAUCAGGCGGUUCCCUCCUGCCUCUUUGAUCCUACCACACCCAGAGCUUGACCUGAAGGCCCUUCUGAUGGUCUUACAUGUGUGUACAUAUAUGUAGCAUAUAUGUGUUUAUAUAUAAAUAUUUAUUUACUGGUGGAUUUUUCCUGAUUGAAAAAAUAUAUAUGCAGUAUGGGAACAGAAAGUGGGAAAGAAAAAUGUUUUUACUCCCCCUUUUUGCUAUUUCAUUGUCAAGACACAUUUCCCAGUAGUGAUCAUGAGAUAUAAGGAAUAUUAAAGUAGCUCCUUGUCUUCAAGAGACUGAGAAUUUCUAUCCUGGAUCCUCAAAACCACCAUGAAAGACAUGCUGGGCAGGAUCUACUCUCCCAUUUGUCAGAUAAGGAAACCGAGUCUCAGAAAAGUUAAGAGAUUUGUCCACGGUAUCUUGGCUAAUGUGGUGUGGGAUGAGGUGCCACUGAGAAGAUAUUUAAUAGAGAAAAGAACCUACACAUCUUGGAUUAGGGUCACUUCCAGUCACUGAGAUGUGAUGCCAUUUGGAUCCAGGUUGCCAGGGAAGAAUGAACAUGCGAUCCAUGGGGGACGGGACAAGUCCCCAUGAGAAAAUGAGGCCCCACCCCCACCCCCCGAUGCUUCCCAGAGACUCUCUCUGGCCUGAACUGGUGAAAAGUUGGUCCGGGGUUGAAGGCGCUAGACAGAUCAUCAGAUUAAACUCUCCACAUGUCACCUCAUCAUGGUCAUCUCAAUCCUUAAUCUCGAAGCACCCCUGGCUGCAGAGGGGGACCUCGGUGGAGAUUCACAGGAGGACAGAGGCACCUUCAGCCAGUACCCAGAGGCUUCAUUCAAGGGCACCAGCAUGACCUCCCUUCCUGAGGGCAAGUCUGGGGAGAGCUUCACUGGUAGAAAGAUCCACCUUGACGCCUUUCCUCCUUUGGCCUCCAUCCCCUCUGAGAUUUCUCAGAAGGAAACCUGGGCCCACUCAGCGUUACUCCACUGAGCUCCCUCUAAUCUUCUUGCACUGGGUCAGGAACUUUGGGCAAGGGAGGGGAAAUUAAGAUUGUGGGUACAAAUUGACCAUACCUCUGAAGGUCGCAGUCAUCUAGGACCAUCUAAGAUAGAGAUCUAGAACCAUCCUGCUCAACCUAACAGUGCAGAACACUGGGCAAGGGGAAAACAGGCCACCUGAAGAAUGUCCUACAGGAUGGGCUCUCUGGCAAUGGGACCAACAAGCUCCAGAAUGACCACAGGUACUAUCGUGGAAGCCACCUGAUUCUGAAAUGAAGGCAGGUUCAGCUUGAGGGGUCACUGCUUCUCAGACAUUUACAGAAGUUUCUGCAUGUGUUUCAGCCCCAGUCCCCCAAGAUGGAGGCUGUUGAGACAUGGUACUGUCAACAGGUGAAACUGACUCUCAGAGAUUCCCAAGUCAGAGACUGGCCCCUGCCUACUCCACUUUAGUGCAUAGGACUUGCCACGUUGCCCGAGAGACAAGUCCCAUGUCCUCCUUAGAGCCACAGAGUAUAACAGACAUCGGGGAAUUGCACUUUCAAUUCUGUAACUUCAGUGAGUCAGUGUUGUUGUUUAAUCUGACUUUGCAACUCAUCCCUUCGCCACUGUGACUGUGGUUUCUUAUUGUAGAGUACUGCAUCAUCGUACCCUCACAGCCACCCCCUGAGGCUGGCAGAGAAGCUAUCAUUAGCCCCAUCUAAGCAAUGAGGAAAACGAAGCUUAAUAAGACUUAGUGGCUUUUCAAUGUUAGGCAGUCGGGGGAGAACCCUUCCUUAUUCCUCAUCCUAUUCUGAUUCCGACCAUGCCACAGACAUGUUCUCACCUGCCCCACACAUCUACCCCACUAGCAAUAAAAAGAAUGAAACAGGAAAUCUUCAGUACGUUAUGUUGUCCCUGGACUAAUGGGCUAGGAGUUGCAUCUCAUUAUGACUGGGUCUUUGUGGGUUUCCUCCAGUGAGUUAAGGAUGGAGAAUAGACUUAGUAGGAUGAUUAUAUUUCAGGUCAGAGACCAGCUCCUCUCAAGAGAGUUCUUUCCACAGAUGGAAAAGAUAUGUUAAAAUUGCCAAAUAAAUUAGGAAAUACUUGGCAGAAUCUGGAAGAGCCUCCAGACUGGCGUUACAUAACAUGCAUAUAUAUUAUACAUAUGCACAUUAUAUAAGGUGACAUAGUACUUAAUGUGCUGUAUAUAUUAUGUAAAUUACAUAUUUGUGAGUAAUCAUGAUAAAUAUAGAGGCCCACUAAUCACUUUUUUACACAUACUCAGUGACAGAUUAGGAAGUUACUUUGCCAGAGAGUCUUAAAACUUACUCUCUCCUGCUGCUUUGGUUCCAACUCCUGCCAAAAAUAAUUGCAUCAACUUUUCCCAUCUCUAUCCCCCUCUCUUCUUGGCCAAAACCCUCAGUUGCCUCCUGUCCUAGCUAGGCUGUACCUUCCGUGGAACACAGCCACGUUUGGGAUCCAUUAAAAUAGAAUCUAGGGAUGGAGAGGCUCUAAACUCCCAGAUGCCCUGUGUGAUGGGCUAGAGCUCAAGGCUCCCAGGAGGGUGGAUGCCUAAUACUGAUGUUAAAAGGAGAGAUGAGGGGAAGCGUCCACCAACCCUUGAAGGACAGAAAUGUACAGGGUUCCUGAGCCACCAGUUCCAGGAUCUGACAGUCAUCAAUCAGGUAGUUAUUUCAAAACUGUAGUCUAGGUUUCUGCAGCAUAUUGGAAACCGUCAUUUCCUAAAAUGUGUCUCACACAAUACUGGCAUCUUUAAAAUGCUCCUUGAAAAAAGUGUUCUAUAGUCAAGUAUUAGAUCCCCUUCUAGGGGAUACGUAGAGAGACUUGACUCUAAGAACUCGCAGUAAAGAACCAUAGAGGCUUUAUAUGUCUGUCAACAUCCAUAGAUUAGAAACACUGUCCUAAGCCCAUCGUGUCUUCUUUUUGUUCUCCGUGGAGAUGGGAACAUGCAAGUACCCACCCUCCGUAAUAAUAUUCCAACAAGUACUUUUCUAGGACAAGGGGUCUCUCUUCAUAAGACAUUCUCUCUUCUUCUAUGUGAUUAACUACUUUUAUUCCCCCCCCCCCGCCCCGCGUAUCUUCAAACAAGAAUCAAGGAUCUGGCCUCCUUGUUCCCUGAGUGGAAAAGAGAUUGGGGAAAAAUUAAGGGGCAAACAUGAUAGCUGCCAGGGGUCAGACUUCAUCUGUGUAGCUCCAGAGGAUAGAAUCAGGACUAAAGAGCACAGUUGUGGAAAAGUUCAGUGUUUAUUCAAUUUAAUGACUGCUCUUGGAGCAAGCUGGCCUAAUAUGGCAAAAGCGGCUUUGUGGGGGAAUGAAGAGCCACCUGCUCUUUUAGGAAAAGCCUUGACCUGGCUGGGGAGGAACAAGCACUGACUGAUCUCCCUUGUUUAAAAGCUGUUGAAAAUAUUUUGGUAGGCAUCAAUGUUAAAUCAAUAGGUCCACUGCUUCCUUUUAAGCAGCAUACCUCUGUGUCCUUUGGUUUCCAAAAGAAACCAAAGUGACUUCCAGAGAGAUUUCUGGAUCAGUGGAUGUGGACUAGUUAGACCACACUUAUACAUGGCAGGGUUGACCAGAAUCAUGGGUGCCCUCGAGGGCAGCUAGUGGAGGUGAUGAUCUUUCCUCAGUAGUUCUGAGAGUUAAAGAAAUGAGUUACAGCGUCAAGACCAAAAGAGAUUUUGCAUUUGUGUGUGGUUCGUAUGAGCAGUUUGGAGCUCUUCUCCUAAUUGUGAAUACCACUCCUACAUCCAACUUGAGAAAUACAGCAAAGAAAAAGAAGCUAUUCCACAUAUUGAAUAUCAAUCAAGUUAUGCAUGAAACAAGAGAACAGAAUUGUAUAGAAUUUCAUAUGAGGCCAUCAUUUUGAACUCCCCUUAAUAUCCUACCAUACUGGAGUACUUCUUUUAACUUUCCACUAUAGAGAGAAAACAGGAACGGGAAUUCUAAUUUUGGCUUACUGGGCACAAGGCACUGUGUCAAGGCCUUUUCAUGUGCUAUCCCAUUUCAUCCUCAGAGCAUCCAGUGAUGUAGGCAUUGUACUUAUUUCACAGUUAAAGUAGUUAGUGCAUAGGAAGGUGAAAUACCUUGUCCAAGGUCAAAUAGAUAGCAGGAGGUAGAGCAAGGGCUUGACAUGGGUCUGUCUUACAUCAACAUGUAGGCUCUUUCUACUAUAUUUUACUGCUUUUAACCUUCUUAUCUGUUUCCAACCCUACUAUCAUCCUGGUGAGAUUACAGUAGUGACAAAUUGAUGUCCCAUCUGGUCAACCUCUGUAUGGCCAUCUGAUUGGGUUCCUACCGAAGAAGUUCCAGUACUUGCUCAUAUUGAAACUCGACAGCCUCCUUGGGCAGCUAGAACCCAAAACCUCACCCUUGCAAUCAAACUGGCAGCCAUCCCUUAAUCUUCAGUGUUUCAGAUUCUAGCUGAAUUGGAAUCGUUGCCCAAGGCCUGCCUAAUAGAUUUGCUAUUCAACUCUGUGAGUGGGAGAGCAGCAAGCAGCCUUCUCAGACUUAAAUGCCAUGGUCAGCAGUGACUGGCCUGCACAGGGAAGGAGAGCUAGGGUUGUGGAAGGGAGCCUCCAGCAAGAAGGCUCUGCAUGUGAUCCUCAUUAGUGAUAGGCGUGGGCUGGGCCAUCUGUGUUCCACAGGAGAACAGAAUGGCAAGCUGCCUUUCAGAUGCCAAGAGAUGCUAUCUGAUGGCAAGAUCCAGAAAGCUCAAAAAGCAGAGAGGCAUCGUUCCCCCUGGGCAUCGCUGUGGGAAACCAGGGACACAGAAAACCAAGCGGUUUUGGAAACCAGCUGCUUGACUUGCGGGGCAUUUGCCCUCACUGCCAUUUCAUUCUUCAUGUCCAUAUGCAAAAUGGCAGGCAGUACCCUGCAGCCUCAUCUGCUAACUAAACUCCUUUAGGUGGCUCCCAAGCUGAACCUGUUAUCUGAAGUCUGUAGAUGCAACUGCAGGUACUUUAUAGCGAGGCUCCAGAAUUUGCAAUUAAGCCUCUGAGUCUCCCAGGGGUCAGGAAACACUGCAGGUAGAAGAGACCAUUUAAUUGCAUGCUCAAUGCAGAUUGUGGGGAAAUAAUCGGAAAACACGGAGGGUUAGUCUAAAUGGGUCAAAUUAGAAAAUGCAAUUUAGAAGCAAAGAUAACAUCUAACCCAGUAUCAAGCAUGCAGUAGGUAAUGAGUAAAUACUUGUUAAAUGAAUGAAUAGCUAAAGUGAGUAUCUGUCCUUCUACCCUGGAAUGGGUAGAGGAGGGGGGGGUAGAGGGGAUGAAAGCUUUUUAACUAACAGCUCAGGAACUUGAAACCACAGGAUGUAGAGGGAGCUCACAGGGGCCUUUAACUACUCAGACAUCUGUUGAGUGAUGGAUACAGCUAAAUAUGGAUCAUCAAAGGGCUUUCUAGGUCACAUGGAGGGCAGCUUCAUGAUUCAGAAAAGAUGAAAUUCAACUUGGACAAAAAGAAACAUUUGCAGCUUACUUCUUAGAGAUCAGGUCAGAAAUGACAGAGGAAAAAAAGGCGGCACAGAAGUGGAAUUACAACACAGUAAGAGAUCAGCAUAAUAAGAUACAGAUUCAUGAGAUGAAAAGAUAGAGAACUGGAUUUUUAGCAGGUUUAUUUGGGCAAGGGAGAUGAGCAUGAACACUCAGUCCAAAAAUGGAAGAAAGGACUGAGAAAUCCUUUUUUAGAAAAGGCUUAAGGUUGAGUUCAUGGCAAAAUGGAAAUGUCCAGGCAUUGAUGAGCUGGUUAUUAAAUAACAACUAUCAUUUAUUGUCCAGUCCAGAGGCUUGUGCUUUUAUGACCGCUUUUGAAUUUCACAAGAGCCUUAUGAAGUCAGGGCUAUGUGGUUCCCCAUUCGACAAAUGAGGAAACUGAGAAAGAGAACAAAUCUCAUAGGGCAGAGCCAGGGUUCAGAUCUGUUGAGAUGGGCCUUCAGAGCCCAUGUGCUGCUCCCAGCGCCUGGCUGAGGCCGCUGGGCUUCAGGCUCGGCAACAAAGAAAGACUUACUACAUCCAAACCCAGCCCCUGCUCACGAUCACUUCCUUCUCAAAAUCCAAGUUCCUCUCCUCCCACUUCCACGUGGGCACAGAGGCACCCUGGGAAGAGCAGGUCUGGGCAGCUGCAGGUCCAUAUACGCCUUGCCCCCUCCCUUCUUAGGCCCCCCUCCCAGGUACAGUGGGGCCAUCUCCUAAAACACCACUUAGAGAACAGAGUGCCAGGCGAACACCUGGUAAAGAACUCAGCCAGUUCAGAGCGUUCACAGACUAUUAGAGAUGGUAUUAAAAGAUACACCGAGACCACAUCAAAGAUCAGGAGCAAGGAAGUGAGGUCAGGUUGAAACAUCAGAACUUAGUAACUGAUAUCUAAAGAUGGGAUGGAGAUCUGAAGUGUCCUUUUAAAAAAUGUGUCAAGUGAAUCAUAAUUUGAAGUAAAAAGACUGCUUCUAGAAAAAUGCAACAAAACUUUCUCCCUUCCCAAAAAAAUCCUUUUUAAAAUGGAAUCUCUGCAAGAAUUACAAGUGAGGGAUAAUAAAAAUGGGAAUUUCUUUUUCUGUUGGAUAACACACAAAAAAGAAUUUAUAAGCAUCACAGUAGAAGCGGUCGUCCAGAAAAAGAUGCCAGAAAGUCUACAUUUGCUGUUGAGGGACUAAAUGGCAGAACUUUCAAAGUAAUUAAUGAACAUUUUUUUUUUUUGCCCUUUUUUUCUUUAAAGAACACUGGUACCAAUUGGUUACCAGGAAAUGGCAUGAUCUUCCAGAAAAGAAACAAAUUUUCCUGGUGACUAUUUCUUUUCUCCCCAGUGUCCUUGAGGUUAAAAGUUGAGGGUGAGAUCUUUUACCUUAGAAAACCAUGCAUGCAUGGAAGACGUUAGCGAUGGAGGAUGUCAUUAGAUUGCACUCUCGUCCCACCAGGCAUUGAGGUAAUAAUCACCAACUUGAGAGAAUUAAGCAAUUCCCUCUCCUGCCUGCCUCCUGAAGCUCCCCACCCCCCAAAUACACUUCCUAAAAUUAGAACGUCUGGGAAUAACCUCUUUCUAUCAUGGUGGCUUUCAAACAUGCAGAGAAGCAGAGCCGUGAGUAUAACGAGAACCCAUGGACCCAACACUUAGAUUCCUGACAGUUGUUAUCAUUUUGCCAUAUUUGCUUCACCGCUUCUAUUCCCACUGGAAUACUUGAAAUUAUGGAGGUCAGGACAUCUCCCACGUACAUCGUUAUGGGGGCUCCUUUCUUACGUUCAAAAGGUUGGAUCAUCCACAUCACUGGAAGAAGAGUUCAGGGUGUUAUACACCUGAACUCAGUCAUUUCUCAACUGAAUGAAUCCAGUUGUUGCAAAUAAAAGUUAAUCAGGACAUCA